ACUCGACCAUACCGGCAAUUUCCUCUCAUUUGUUGCCAGCUGUCUCGCUUCCUUCUCAACGUUGCUGGUGAACAUCCGUAAUUACUGAGGAUGUCGACGUGAGGUUUAUUUGGACAGCCGAUUCUUCUGGACCCGAAGUUCUCGCCGACUUUCACCGUUACCCCCGCCAUUGACUGGCCAGAACACUACUGCGUAUACGAUGUCUUCUACUUCCGCACUACAAUCACGCUUGAAAGAGCUCUCUGCAGCUCUUGGUCGAAUCCACCCUCUUGUUUCUCGGCUACAUAAUUUCACCGCCGCGGUCGGGCAGGGCGAUGAGGCUCGUCUAGAGUUGGGUGCGGAGAUUCACAGUCUACUAAAGGAGGCGGAGGAACAACUAGAAUUGCUGAAGGUGGAUGUCGAAGCCCUCGAGUAUGGUUCGGAAAGUAGGAGAAAGACAGUGGAUAAUGAAAAGGAGCUGGAGAGGGAGCGAAUCGUUGCGUCGGCGGGCAGGUUGACGGACGAUUUGAAGAAAACGAGAGGCGAAUUUCGAAAUGCUCAGCUACAAGCCAAACGGAAUGCCGAACUCGCAAAACGCAAAGAACGAGAGCUACUGUUCUCGAGGUCGCAAAGUGGGGAGAGGCAGAAGCAGUCGAAUGAGAAGCUGACACAGGACGACAUUACCGUCAACGCAUCAAACGAUGUUACGGCAGCGCUGAGGAGAACGCAUCAGUUGAUGCAGGCAGAACUGUCCCGAAGCCAAUUUGCGCAGGAAACACUAGAACAAUCCACGGCCGUCCUUUCAUCUCUUUCAGACUCUUAUACCGGUCUCGAUUCUCUACUCUCGUCGUCGCGCAAUCUCAUCGGUUCGCUGCUUCGCUCCCAGAAAUCCGAUACCUGGUAUCUUGAGACGGCUUUCUACAUACUGAUCGGCACAAUUACCUGGCUUCUCUUUCGUCGCAUACUCUACGGGCCCCUUUGGUGGUUGUUGUGGUUGCCUCUCAAGCUCGUGUCUCGAUUCGUCUUCGGUAUCCUAGGCGUGGUGGGCAUCUCGAGCAAGGCUGUUCAACCAUCUCCUUCCGUUACCGCUUCUUCUAUCACUGCUUCUUCUAUCACUGCUAGUGGAAGGCCUGUUCAAGAAACACCAGUUGUGACACCGAAGGCAGAACCCAGCGUCGAAACUGCGGCUGGCGAUGCUGAUUGGGAUCAGGCCCCAGUAACCGAAGAGCCUGAUAGCGACCGGAUGAUCGAUGAGAUUGCAGAAAUGGUGGAAACAAGUGCAGAUCAAGAGGAAACCGACAUUAAAGAAGAACCGUUGCCGGAAGAGUCGCGGACGCAGGACGAACCGCCGCGAAAUACCAAGAAGCGAAUUAAUUUCUUCAACAACAAGGCACGAGCUGCAGCUGCAGCUGCAGGGACGUCAAGCAGCUCUAAAACCAAAGGCACAGAUAAAGAAGCGCAAGCACAAAAUCAACCAUGGGUUGAGAAAUACCGCCCGAAGACACUGGAUGAUGUCGCUGCUCAAGAUCAUACCACGAAAGUCCUCCAACGGACACUGCAAGCUUCUAACCUCCCCCACAUGCUCUUCUAUGGCCCUCCAGGUACCGGAAAAACCUCGACCAUCCUCGCCCUCGCAAAGUCUCUCUUCGGGCCUGCCCUUUACCGCUCGCGAAUCCUCGAACUGAACGCCUCCGACGAACGUGGUAUCGGAAUCGUCCGCGAGAAGGUCAAGAACUUCGCCAGAAUGCAAUUGAGUCAUCCUACUGGAGUGGAUAAAGCAUACUUCGAUCAAUACCCUUGCCCGCCGUUCAAGAUCAUUGUGCUGGACGAAGCAGACAGCAUGACCCAGGAUGCCCAGUCCGCUCUCCGACGUACUAUGGAACAGUACAGCCGGAUCACUCGUUUUUGCCUCGUCUGCAACUAUGUCACUCGGAUCAUCGAACCCCUCGCCAGUCGAUGCAGCAAGUUCCGGUUUAAGCCAUUGGACAAUGCCGCUGCGGGCGAUCGGUUGAGUGAUAUUGCGAAGCUAGAAGGUGUGAAUAUGGAAGAAGGGGUUGUUGAUAAACUUAUCCAAUGUAGUGAGGGUGACUUGCGUCGCGCGAUCACGUACCUACAGAGUGCUGCGCGGCUGGUGGGUGCUACGGCUGGCAGUGGAAAGAAGGAUGGCGAUGACGAUGCUGAGAUGACGGAUGCCAGCUCGCAGGCAAUCACUGUGAGCAUGAUUGAGGAGAUUGCCGGUGUUGUUCCUGAGAGUGUUUUGGACCGGUUGGUCCAGGCCAUGCAGCCCAAGAAGUACGGCUCUUCGUACGAGUCUGUCUCGAAGGUGAUCACGGAUGUUAUUGCAGAUGGGUGGAGUGCGACGCAGCUUCUCUUACAGUUGUACCGACGAGUUGUUUACAACGAUGCCAUCCCCGACAGCCAGAAGAACAAGAUCGUUAUGGUGUUCUCGGAGAUGGAUAAGCGAUUGAUUGAUGGUGCGGAUGAACAUCUUUCAGUGUUGGAUGCUUCCCUCAAGAUCUCUGGCAUUCUUGGUGAAUCUUAAUGGCCAACCACCUGGGGAUGCAUGAAUAAUGGGGAUUUCAUCCCACGGGCAUAACCAUCAGAACCCUCGGAGACACGCAUACAAAGCAAGAGAGCUAUAUCGAUUGCCCUAUCUGCUCCAUCUUGUGAUCUGUGUCUUAUUUGCGAAACCGAGAGACUUUCACCGCUGAACCUUGCAGGGUCGAUCGAGGCUGAUGGUGCAGGGGAUAGGACUACAGAGCUCCGAUGCCGGGACGAGGCUGUCUUGGAGAUAUUGCCAUGCCUUCAGGUGUCCUGCUAAAAGUCACGACUGUAUGAAGUUUAAUGAUAUCUAG